AUCAAGUUUUUUGUAAUUAUGACAACUCUGGUUGGAGCAGAGCUGCCCAUUACACCUCCCGCUUUCAUUUGGGGCGUUGAUUUACCCAAACCUCCGAGUAUUUUUGAAUUUGUAAACACCAAAAUGCUCUUCGAUAUGUUGCGGCCGUUGCAAGAGGAGCAUAUGAUUAUUGUCUAUUUUGCGAGCGAGUUAACUGCUAAGGAUUUUAGUUGCCUGGAACCAAAUUGCUUUGAAUUUUUGCGUCAGGUGAAGCCAUUUAAUUUCUACAGCCAGGUGCAUCGACCGUUACUGGCAUUGCAAAGGAUGUCGGAGGGAUCUGUGAUCUGGGAGGAGAGAGAAACAUUGCUGCAACUCCCCUGUCAAAGGAAUAAAAUACACGCCUACAAUUUCACCGAUCGCGAUUUACAGGAUCAUGACCAGCUAAUGAAAGCUGUUUCCAACAGUUUGGCAUUAUGUCCGCUCUUGCAAAUCUACACUGCUCACUCGGAGGAGAUUUGGGCCAUGAAACGCCGUCAUGAUCGCUUCUACCUCAAAGGCAGUCGACGGCAAUUGGCUAGAGAGGCUCCCAAUAAUCCUGCUGCUCUUCCAACCGUAUUACGCCACACAACGGGCCUCAUUUCAAUUGGGAAGAUUGUUUUGGCCGAGGAGGUAAAAAGAGGCUUAAUCGUCAACUAUAAACGCUCCGAAGUCAUCAUAGUCGACGAGGCCCCUUUGCGACUGAAUUUCGUGGACGAUACUAAUAUACGCAAUGGAUUCGUGCUGACAAUUAGCACCUCGAUGGGUCCCCUCUAUAUAGAGGUACUGCCCACAAUGGGCAACUGGCGCAUCUCUCGCAUUGUCUUCAUCGGCAAUGUGACAUUUAUUCCCAGAGACUUGCUAUUCUAUAGCCAAAAGUUCAGUUUAUGCUGUCGAUGCUUUACUACAUAUUCGGAACUUGGAGCACGUCUCAGCUUGUACAUGUUCCACAUGGAUGUGGUCUUUAACAAAUACUAUUCAGCAUUGGAUCCGGACUAUGUACCAAAGGAAUGUUGGCUUUGCGAACAGUUUCUAACACCCGGACUCACCCAGGGAAUUUUCUCGGCUUUUAUACUGCUUUUAAUACUAGCUAUAGGUACGAGCAUGCUCCUCAGUAUUGGACGCAACAAAAGAUUCUCCUCAGCCAAUGAGCCCGAGCUGUAUGUGAAGGGCUAUGCCGAACGCUAAGUCUGAGUGUCGGCUGAACUUCAGUGUCAGCCCUCGCAAAGCGAACAAACGUUGCACAUUCAGAUAAUUCACUUGCUUACAAAUCUAAUCAUGAUACCGAGCCACAAGAGAGGGAGGACAACUGGAAAGAAAGAGCGGGAAGGGGAGGGAUAUUAAUAGUAAUAGUGUCAUUGUCGCAUUUGUUAUUGCUAUUGUUAUUGUUGUUUAUUGUUGCACUCUUCAUCUGCGAAUAACCCGAAUAUGAACAUAAAUAUGAAUAUA